AUGACACACAUUGAUUCGCAAAAAUUAAAAACGAUUAUAAAUGAAAAAGACUGGGAUCAGUUAUUGCAAAACAUUAAACCGAAGCAUUUUGUCAGACAAGAGUCAAAGAUGAUACUUGAUGCAAGUAUCUUAGCACAAAUAUGUCAAGUACUUGUAAGUGAAACCACUCCGGUUACAAUUAUAAUUUUAUGCUUGAAAUGUUUGGGAAACUCUUGUCUUGACAGUUACAAACACAAACAACAUACGAUAGAAAACGUAGAAUCUAUUAAAUAUAGUAAAAAUUUAUAUAAUAAACUAGUUGAAAGUGAUGUAUGCAAACAAAGAAAGAACUGUGAUUAUCCACAUGAUUCUUAUUUUCCUUACGAUGGAGUCAUAGAAUGGACUGUAGAUUACAUUAAAAUUCAUGGAAAAUCUAUAUACCAUUUAACUGACAAUGAAUUGGAUAUCCUUAGGCUCAGCAUCCAAUUUUUGUGUAAUUUAUUUACAUAUGCCUGUCCAAAUAUUACAGAGAAGGACAUUCGAAGAUAUUUAAAUUGCGAUAACCUGAAACAAGCUAUUCUGAGCUGCAUGCAGUCUGAUAAUAGAUUACUGGCCAAUGCAGCCUGCAUUUAUGUGCACAAUGCGUUAAAAAAAUUAUGUCAAAAUUAUUUUACAAUGGAGAAAAAGGAUCUAUUUUUACAAUUAUUCAAACCUGCUAGAGAAGGUUUUACAUCUGCAAAAGAUGCAUUGUUAUUCCUGUUACAUCAACCAAAUGUAUUUGAAGAUGUAUAUAACAAUAUAACUAUGAACGAAAAGUUAGAUUUACUUAAAAUUAUUUAUGAUGAAGUCUGGAACGCUUGGCAAUCUGAUUUUAAUACAGUCUUCACAGAGAAUCAGGCUGAAUUUUUAGCAUUAACAUUUUGCAAAAAAAGUGAUCUCAUUUUAAAAACUGUGGACACAUACGUGAAUAACAUAGAUCCUACAGAAAUUAUUCUUAUUCUUAAUAUUUUGGGGCUUCUUACUACACAAUACAAGAUUGUAGAAAAUAUCAGGAGUUUGCUUAUUAAUUGUAAAUACCUCUUGAUGUCUUUACAUAUGAUGGGAAAGGAAGCAGACAAUUAUUUUACUCCAAUAACAAAUUUAAGUCAAGUAGUACCUAAUACUCAAAGGAGAAGUGUAAAUAUAUGCUCAAAUGCAAAUGAUACGGAGGUAUCUGGAGUGACAGCAGCAAAUCAUGAUCUACAGGAACAUCCCGCAUAUGGUUUUAAAGCGGGACUAAUACAAGUCAUUGCAAAUGUGGUACACAGGAAUAAAAUGUGUCAAGAUCUGUUUCGCGAAAUAGAUGGAAUUCCAUUACUUCUGGAUUGUUGUAACAUAGACGCGAGAAAUCCGCUCAUCUUACAAUGGGCCAUCCUCGCUUUGAGAAAUCUGUGCGAGGGAAAUCCUGAGAAUCAAGAAAUUAUCAGGAAUUGUGAAAAAACGGGCGUGCCAGAUAACCCUGCGUUGCAAGAGAUGGGAUUGACUCUGCACGAGGACGCGGAUGGGAAAUCGAUUCGUAUCGCUCCUUUGCGUCGCAAUUAAGAAGAUUUAUCUAUUUUCUAGGACU